AUGAACACCAUCGUCUUCAACAAGCUCAGCGGCGCCGUGCUUUUUGAGGACCGCGGUGUUCCGGAACGGGAACGAGGCAACCGCCCCUAUGGUGGCGUCCUGGACAGCACCCACGCCCGCCCUGAUGUGGGCAUUCCGGACGGCCCGCCCCUCAAGGACAACCUCGGCCUGAGACACCGGAGAACUGGGGCCAGGCAGAAUGGCGGGAAGGUGAGGCACAAGCGGCAGGCUCUGCAAGACAUGGCGCGGCCCCUCAAGCAGUGGCUUUACAAGCACCGUGACAACCCGUACCCCACCAAGACCGAGAAGAUCCUCUUGGCGCUCGGCUCGCAGAUGACGCUGGUGCAGGUGUCAAAUUGGUUUGCUAAUGCAAGACGUCGGCUUAAGAAUACUGUUCGACAGCCAGAUUUAAGCUGGGCUUUAAGAAUAAAAUUGUACAACAAGUAUGUUCAAGGAAAUGCUGAGCGGCUUAGUGUAAGCAGCGAUGAUUCAUGUUCUGAAGAUGGAGAAAAUCCUCCAAGAAACCACAUAAAUGAAGGGGGCUAUAAUAAUCCAGUUCACCAUCCUGUGAUUAAAAGUGAAAGCUCAGUCAUAAAAGCUGGAGUGAUCAGGCCAGAGUCACGGGCCAGUGAGGACUACGUAUCACCCCCCAAAUACAAGAGCAGCUUAUUGAAUCGUUACCUUAACGACUCUUUGAGACAUGUCAUGGCCACAAACGCUGCCAUGAUGGGAAAGACAAGGCAAAGAAACCAUUCGGGAUCUUUUAGUUCCAAUGAAUUUGAGGAAGAAUUGGUGUCUCCCUCAUCAUCAGAAACCGAAGGCAACUUUGUCUAUCGUACAGACACUCUGGAAAAUGGAUCCAAUAAGGACGACAGUGCAGCCAACAGGAAGGGACCAAGCAAGGAUGACACUUACUGGAAGGAGAUUAAUGCAGCUAUGGCAUUAACCAAUCUUGCACAGGGCAAAGACACCCUGCAGGGAACUACCAGCUGCAUCAUCCAGAAGUCGUCACAUAUAGCAGAAGUAAAGACCGUCAAAGUGCCACUGGCCCAGCCGUUUUAA